AUGAGCUUGUCUGUUGCAGAUACGCAACGGCUGCGGAAGGAGGAUGUGGUGGUCGGUGGUUUCACAGUUGUGCGCGAUAAACUGAGGUACACGAAACCCCAGGUUCGAUCCACUUCUGGCCGCUACUCUUCUCAUUUAGGUUAAAGAGGUUCUACCGCACUGGAUCACUUCGCCUGUCACCUGUUCGAGUGACCUCACAAAGAGUAUCCGAGUGAAGAAGUUUGCGCUGUUGGACGAUUUUUUAAUCAGAAAUUUGCGAUCAAUGGGCAUUAAACGCCUUUUUCCUGGUAAUCCUCCAUUUAACGUACGAAUAUUCCAGUUCAGAGCACUGUGAUCCCGCACAUCCUUGACUUCUAUGCUGGAAGGUGUCCCCUUUCCUUUGGACAGCCUCGCGACAUUUGUAUAUCUGCGCCGACGGGGAGCGGGAAAACUUUGGCGUAUGCACUGCCUAUCGUUCAGGUAUGCGCUUGCCAAGCAAUUGUUACUUCAAAGCUCCUGAAUUCGUGUAGCGUCCACGUGAUUCGUGCUGUUGUUAUUCUGCCGGUUCGAGAUUUGGCAAAACAGGCCGAGGAGACUUUCAAGCGUCUGGUGGCUAAGACAAAUUUACGAGUAACUUGUUAUGCUUUUUACGCGGCCAUCUCCUAUUGAUAGGUCGUAUUGCUCGCCGGUGAAGGCAGCUUUGUGAGUGAGCAGCAGGAAAUUCACUUAAAGUAACUGGCCCUAAACCAAUUUCUCUACUACACUCCUUUCAGUGCCGAGGGCCAAAUUUCGCCCCCUGACAUAGUUGUCUGUACUCCAGGACGUUUGGUUGAUCAUGUCUACAAUACUCCGGGAUUCUGCCUGGAACACGUGAGAUUUUUGGUAAGUAUGUGUUUUAUGAUUAUGUCAUCUCCCCCGUAAAGAAUUCCUCUCUUGCCUCCAAAGCAUUGGCUCUAGUUACUAUCGCACCUGCUGCUUAAGGAAGGGAAGUGCAGUUGAAGCAGGUGAGGCGGUGUUGUAAAGCCGGGAGAAUAGUUGCUAGUGGGGGUUAAAAGAUGUAACAAGAAAUGGAGGACGUAAUUACUGGUCUCCAUGUCCUACGAGUAAUUGGACACUUUUAGGGCCUGAAUAUUCUAGUAUGCAUGGCUUCAUUAAUGUUGCGUAAUUGUUAAGAUACUGUUUAGCCGAAAUCGAAAUCUGGUAGAAAAGAUUUUGGCUUGAGUUCCCGUCCUUAUCCUCGGUUCCAGAAAGUGCUACGUGUGCAAGAUUAGCUUUGGUCAUUCUUAAAUCUCUUCGUCGAAUAUUACCCCAUUUUAUAGUCUUAUGGGUCACUGUAGCCAUCCGUGUUUUCGAUAUGUAUUAUGGAAGCCUAUAAGAUGUCCUUACACUAACCUAUUUCCGAUCGGACCAUCUAAAUAAAAACAAGCUUAAUGGAAACCCAGGAAACGCCGCACAUAACCACUUUCCUGCAUAAACUAGGCAGGGCUCUCGGAGUCCUCGUAACAGGCGCCAUGUCGUGGUUCUGAACACCCGUCCUGUUUCCAAGUUUCGCGUCUGAUACUUUUUUGUUCAUGAUUUUAUCUUUUUCUUUGCCUCAAAUGCAAUUGGGGCACUUCUAUAUCUGUCAUUUGCACUUUUUCCGGAUAUCCUGUUCGAUCCACCUUAUUUAUAUAUCAAGCGCGAUGCUGGUAGCCGUUUCUCUCGUAUUUCGUUUUUUACCGCAUUGCAGAUCAUUGAUGAGGCGGAUCGGGUUAUUUCUGAAGAAAAGCAAGACUGGUACAAUGUGUUUGAGGGGGCGUUGUAUGGCGUGAUGCAUUUGAAUUCUUCGAAGAAUUUGGCCCUUCGCGAUCAAGUACGCUCCUACCCCUUACCUACAAUCGACUCUCAGUGCUCGACGUCAAGGUGUACUCUACAGAAGGUAAGUGCAAAGUUGAAAUCAUGACGAGAGAAAUGGGCCAUUGGCCGUUCUCCACCAAACACGCUAAGAGGCCUUGAACAGGUUAACAUGCACGAACGAUUCGGUCUACCAAAAGAUGUGAGGCCACUCGCUCUUCACGACUGGCUGCUAAUAGCUGUCCUGAAUUGCUUUAACCCAUGUACACCCGAGUAUUAUCUUACAUUCGCACUGACUGUGCGCGGCUAAAAGGUAGCCUGAUGAUGGUGCUCAUUAGGCCUUCCUGGCCCAUAAGCCAGGAAGUAUCCUGUAUACAAUGAAAGCGUCAGCUUUAAAGUUAUUGGCCGAAAUAUUUGAAUUUACUCAGAAAUAAGGAAAGUCAAGUAGACGAUGUUGCGUUAAUAAUUUCCUCGGACACAGUCUCAUAAGACUCUAUAUUUCAUGGGCUUUUGGCUUUCCAUCAGGAACGUUUCUGACCGCUGACUACUGUCCUGUUCACGAAGUUGUCGUCAAUUGGGUGUACUUUUUUUCUUUUUUCCACAGUUUGUGCUUAUGCUAGCAUGUAACAUAAUUUCAAGUAUUCUUUGUCGAGAAGACACUAGUUGCUACAGAAGUGUCCGAAGCAGUAAAGUUUGCCAGUUUGAUCCACAAACGGUAAGGGGCUUUAUAUAAACUCUAUAAAAGCAACGGAGGAAAAUCAUAACAGUUUUUUAACAGUGGUCCCGCAUAUGGCACGACGGGUCCGUUCGGACAGCCAAUUUUUUUCUCUUUGGAUUAUUUUAAACCUAUAUUCCGUCUAUACAAUCAUUAAAUGCCCACUCAAUUGUUUUAUUCGUUUAAGAAAAAGGUCAUGCCGAUAUUUUGUAAAUCUACCAAAAACAGCGUAGAUACGAAUGUGCAAAAGGUGGAAGGUAGUAGAGUGAAGAGGUUGAAGCGGCUUUUGCAUUAUAUGUUGUCUUUCCCCUCUUCAUGUAUGCCUAUUUUUGUCCAUUUUGAUGCAUUUUUAGCUCUCCCUUACCCUUGCAUAGCCCGUGAGGUACCAGCCUGAGCCACAGGGUUUGCAAGCUAACCACGCAGCAGCCGAACCGUACCCUGCUCAAUAGUCCUAAAAUCCUCUUUACUCAUUUACUUUCAGAUCCUUCUCUCAGCAACGCUCACUCACGACCCUGGCCCCUUAAAACGGUUUCGGCUCAACUUUCCUCGCCUAUUUCUGGCGACUUCACUUUCUGAGGACGACAGUUCGCAUUCAAUCAGUGUGGUUCCUUCGGGAGACGAGCCGUCAAACAUGACAAUAGAGGAAGCUGGAGGAGAGACCAAAGAUGCGCUGCGUUUCGAUGCCCACCCUGUUCCAGGCUGUAGAAACAAAGGGCCUCCCAUCGCUGAUGGCGGCGCCAGCACCGGUGGUGUUGGUGUCUUCUCCAUUCCCAGUGGCCUGAAGGUGAGGACUUGUAAUACGUUUAUAGUUUGUAAAGAUUUGAGAACCCCGCCUUUUACACACCGGCUGCGGCACAUGCCAAAGUUUGUCUCAAAGUCCGCAUAACCGCCAAUACCCCAUUACUGUCGCUCUCCUGAGGCAUGUAAUGUAGGCGUUCCAGUAGGCUCAGACAUACUUAAGGUUGCUCGCUCCGCGUCUCGUCUAAAAUUUGAACAAGGAUCGCUGCCAUCAGCUGAGUACCAAACAUAUGUUCAUGGCGGCCCAAAUUGUCAUUCUUUCCGUUUCCCAGGGUUGAACUAGCCGACUGGAGAGUAAUGGUGAAUUAAAACUUUGAGUUUCUUGUUUACCUAUGUUCCUGCUGGUCUCAAUCACUGCCAACCUUGUCUUCUAACAUUUCGCGAAUGCGACUCAACCGCUCUUUGAGGUUUCGCGAUAAGUUUGAACAAAUGUCCAGCGUAUCCUGUUGUAUUUGUCCGAGCUGUUUUUCAGGGGAUCUGGAAAGCGGUCCUGACUACCCUUUCAUCUGUAGUAUAAUCAAAUAUAUAAUAUAUUUAGGGGUAAUAGGCGAUACCCCUGAUGAUCCCGUUGGAAACGGUACAUACAAUGUUAGUGUCAAGUAACCAUGUUACUAGAGUGCUGCCAGUAAUAUAUUCAUUUACACAAAAUGUUUUGGCAAUGUGGAAGUUUAACGUGAAGACUAGCAGUUUUUUUGAAAGGUAUGGGCCGGGUGACAGAUAAUCCUUUCCAUAUACAUUUGAGAUUAUGAGCGCAACUAUGCACAAUCCGCACAGAAUGCCGAUUGUCCAUAACAGGUCACACCUCCUUUCUCUAUAGGAUAUGGGGAACAAAUUAAGCUGGAUCAGUCUUUCUGGAUGUGACUGAGUCCUAAGACCGUCCACCAGUUUUGUCGCCCGUCCUUGCACCUUCUCGAUGGCACCACAGUCUUUCUUCAUCUAAAGCAUCCAUGCUGGCAUUCUGUAUUCCAAAUGCGGUCUGACGAACUGCCAAAUAUCGUUGCGAAGAGUUCGGGAGGAAAGACUACGAAAGCACGCCGAAUCCAGUGCAUGAUGCUGGUUGCCUUUUGGACGGAUCCACUAUGCGUAGCUCAUAAUUUCUUCAAGUCUAUUUGCCUCACGUUUACACACAUUCCGCUCUCGCGUGUAUUCCUGCAGGUGUUCAGAACUCUUAGUUGAUAACGUCUCCACGCCUUAUUUCUCCUUAAACGCUAUAUGUAGUUCCCGGUUAGUCCAAGACAGACGGUCGCAUGUUUUCUUUCGUCUCAGUGGACAGUUCAGAUCAAUGAUUCUUUCAACCAGUGAGCUGAAUGUACUCUAGUAGUCGUUAACUGUUCCCCGCAAUGUGCUUGUCUGCGGUGUUGCCGAGACUUGCGUCCGCGUGCUGGAAGUCUCCCUUCCAGGUAUUGGUUUCCAGUUGUUCGAGUAAAUCAGGUUGGGAGAAUAUGAAGUACUAGAAGAGUAUCACAAUAUGAUCACCAGCACCUCUUGGCGGGAGAUCUUGUAUAUCCAGCACACUCGUCAUCUCGAGCGAGCACCAGGUCAAGGCAAUUUGAACGUUGCCCUUCUCUAACACGUGUUCCAAGAGUUACAUUCUGCAAAAUUAGUUUCUCAGUCGUCAAUUUAAGCAAAUGUCUCCGAAUUUGUCCGAUGGACCCGAAACCGUCCAAGCUUGUCAGUCGAUAUUAGGGGCGUUAAAGUCCCCAACAAUAAGGACGUCCCUGUUCAGUUCCGUUAAGAUAAGGCUAUUGCGUUCAGAAAUCUGGUUUGGGAGACUGUAAAUAACUUCAAAAGCCCGCGGCCGGGCGUAUUUAGUGGAGAUAGUUAAAGAUAAAAACUCCACAUCCGCUGUUGUUGUGGGAUGUUGCACAGGAACCGCGAUUAGGUCGUGAUUAACAUAGACAGCGACCCCUCCACGGUUUUUCCUGUCUCUUCUAAACUGUUAAUAACUCCCUGAUGGAUGCCUCAUGAUGUCCAAUAGCUUCAGAAAGCCAUGUUUCUGUCAAGGCAAUGAUAUCUAGCUGUGCUCGUCAAACAAAGUUCUGAGUUUAUUCACCUUGUUAAACAGGCUCUGUGCAUUCGAGUACAUCAUCUUUAGUGUCCGUCUUCUCGGAGGGAACCAGCCCUGAUUACAAAGGGCGUUUGCCAGAGAAACGAUCGCUUGAUCUGUACUAUCUCCCUUCCCUUAUCUUCAACCCUUUCUCCCCUCUUCUGUCCUCCUUUUCAGUUCUGUCCAGAGCUCCCUCAUUUUGUGCCUUUCUGUCGGUUCGUAAACCAGCUGAAAAAACACCUUAUGCGAACGACGAAGAGCCGUCCUCGCUUCUAGGAGAUGUGGAGCCUUGGCUUCAUUUUCAAGAGUGAUUUCGAGAGGCUUUGGUGAUGACAGUCCACGCGACGCAUCUGCGUUUCUUAGACAGAAAGCUUUGCGCACGGUAACACAUUCUCCGUCUUGAAGGACGGCAUUUGAAUGUGCUCGAAAGAGGUUGAGAUUGUGUUCGAUCCUCUCUUUUGCAAUCGAAGAAGUGGACUCGUGAGCUCCAUUUAUGACGAUAUUUUGUUUUCGGUCAAGUUGCCUGUUUGGUGACUCAGGCACAUGCUUUAUGACGAUGCCUUUGCUGCGAUCAAGUAGAGGGCCCUGGCGUUUAUUUUUAUACAGGAGGCUAAUAUUGCGCCAACUUCCGUUGUCACCAUCGUUUGAUUCAGAGACAGCUGUCAUGGCAUAGCUACCACAGGGUUCUUCACCCAACGAGGCUUCUUGGUCAUGCGAUGCACCCAUCGGAACUGUGGUAUUUGCUUGCAUUGUGUGUAGACUCUGCUCUCUCAUACUGGCACUCGGACCUACUUUGUCUUUUCAGGAUGCCCUGGGACGCUUCCGCGUUUUCUGAGAUUUUUUCAGUCGUCCUUUUCUCACACAAGAGGUCGGUUCUCCGUUAGGAUUAGUUCCUUAGACGAGCUGUCCCCUUCCUGAGCGGCUGACACAGUCAAUGAGGCCGUGAUUAAAUAUGUUCUUUUUAUUUUCUGAAGUUCUGCUGUCGCUGGCUUUCCCUUUUAGGGUGAAUGGCGAGGAAGUCUCAUCAACUUCUCCAUCCCCAUGUUUAGGUUUCUUAUCUCAUUCUCCAUCUAUAAGACUUUCUAGAGAAGUGUGUAACAUGCCGCACGGGUUUCGUCUUCGUAGUUGAUAUCCAUUAAACUUACUAAACUGUCUGCAUGUACGUUCGCUAGUUCUAGCUAAGGGUGAACUGAUAUCUCCGGUACUUUAAAGUUUACCACACUGAUCACCAUUUACCCCUCUUGAUAUUUCUUGCCUCUUUAGUAUUGUGUUCUACAUGACGUGCAUGUUCCUUCUAGGAAUUCGUCGUUGAGAUUACAGAUAAGCACAAACCUCCAUUCCUGGCAUACCUUGUGCGCAAAGUAGGUCACGAAAGGGUACUUUGCUUUACAAAUUCCCGCGAAUCAACCAAACGUCUGGCUCUCCUAAUGUCUCACUUUAAUGGCCUGCAAGCACGGGCUCUCUACGCCGGCCUUCCGCUCGCUAAGAGAUCGCGCAUUCUGAAGGAAUUCGAGAGUGGUGGCGUGCAGGUACAUUUCAGAACAUUCGUCUACUUCCAUAUUACUGAUAACCUAUUUAUGGUACUAUUAUUUUGCCUAGUUGGCUGUAAGCUGCCGUCUUCGAUUCUCUUGACAGCUUCUCAUAUGUACAGAUGCAGUGUCACGGGGCAUCGACAUUGAAAACGUCUCCUGUGUUGUCUCCUAUGAGUUGCCGCCUUCUACCAAGACGUAUGUUCAUCGUAUCGGACGCACAGCGCGCGCAGGAAAGACAGGCGUUUCCUACACCCUACUCCUGCACAACCAGGUGUGGUUUACACACGCACACAGAACACCUGUGUUUUCCCUCUUUUUUACUUCACCGCCCCAGAACUGUUUCGUGUUACCCACUGUUCUUUUGUUAACCUUAGAUACGACACUUCAAAAUGGGCUUACGCGCUGUCGGUAUGGGUAAAGUGAAGCACUUCCCGUUUCAUGCCAGUAAACUCCGAACCUUCGAGCAGGACUACCAGAAGGCCCUCUCUGAAUUGCAAAAGUCAUUCCAAGUAAGUUAUGCCCUUCCUUCAUCUUAUUCACUUUUAGCAUCGUCUGAUCUCAGUUUGUGCUAGAGUAUGAAACAGAGACCCCUGGGCCCCCAAAGUGGGUGACGCCGUUGCAUCGGACCUAGACGGGAGGCAACAGUGUUAGCUGUCCCUUUACAUGUUCGUUUUAUCCAAGUUUGGGGAACUGGAAUCAUCGACACUUUAAUUACGCCGAUAUUUGAAGGAGGCUCCAGGUUACUCUGACGCACACCUUAGAACUGCGACCAUACUGUUAAUGUUGUCCUCGCUAACCGCUGUUUAGGGCGAACUUUAUAAAACGGUCGGAAUCUAGGUAAAAUCGGCCGUCGUGUCUUGCAAGUGCACCCGAUUCUCGUACGAUUUCGCCAAAACUUCUGAAAUUGACGUGGGAUUUGUCUGAAAGUCGAGGCUUCUGUUGAGACAGUCCUAUAGGGACAUGAGACAUGUUUUGUGUACCCAGAAGACAGCGCUCGCCUAGAAGUAUGUCAUUUGUUACAUGCUGUAAAUUCUGAACUGGACUCCGAUCGCCUCGCCAUCGAAUGUCUGCGCAGUUUGUUAGGGCCACGACCAGUCAAAUACCACCUCUGCACUCACCUGCGGAAAUUGUUAGGAUGUGCACCACGCCGAUCGGAUUCCAGUUCUCUUGAACCUGUCCCUGGUUGACGACGACGUCGAACACAUCUCUCGUCUUGCUGUUCCUUGUCUAUUGAUAUGACAUGCGGACCGACUCAUUUUCGUUUGGGAUGUGCCUUCGACCGACUGCAAUGAAGACCGUCAUCCUUGAUGCGGUGUGGCUCGAACAUGAGCCAGCUAAAUCUGUCGUGAUGAGUACAGUGAGUAACCGAUCUCAUGAAAUGUCGGCUGUAAUUCUGAAAUGCGUUUUCGAUUAGGAAGGACUACUUAGGCGCGGUUGUAAUACCGAUUAUCGUAUGGCACAGUCUUCUGAUAUGUCGGACUCGGCGGGAUGUCAGCUUUUCAAUCUCCGGUAGAAACCGUACUCGACAAAAAUGACCACUUAAGUAGCAUUCAAUUUUUCCCAUUGAUUUUCGGUGGUCUAAUAAAUUCAAAUGUAUUUCAUAAAAAAACGUGAAAAAUACUUUUUUUACUCAUUUGAUAGAGAAUCACGUCAUCUUUAUAUUUUAUGCUCGAAGAAGGAAUACAAGUAGGUUUUAAAAAAGUUUUCUAAUUGCCGAAUAAUUUGUGCCUGAUCAGUCGUUGCAUGAGCGCUUAGUGAUUUCAGUCUACAAGGCGCAUGCGUUCCGCGUAAAAAAAUCACAUAUUCCUCUAUGCCUUUAAAAACCUACCAUAUAGAGUCCAUAAAAUUUUGCAAUGGAUGCAGACUAUGUUGUACAUUUCAUGAGGAGGUGUGGCGAACGGACGGGUACGAUGCUAUGUGAAUGGGCAUUGCGCGGUCUCAAAAAAUCUCAUAAUUAGAAACUUUUUUAAAACCUACCUGUAUUCCUUCUUCGAGCAUAAGAUAUAAAGAUAAUGUGAUUCUCUAUCAAAUGACUGAAAGAAGCAUAUUUUGUUCGUAGUUUCUAUAAAAUAUGCUUUAAUUUGCAAGACCAUAAAAAAUCAAUGCGAAAAAUGAAUGCUACUUAAGUAGUCAUUUUUUACAGAGUACGGUUUCUACAGAAGUUUGAAAAGCAGUGUAUUCAAAAGCUGAAAUCCUGCCGAGUAUGAAAUAUUAUAGGAUUAUGCCAUAAAGUAAUCAGUAUUACAACCGCGCCUAAGUAGUCCUUCCUAAUCGAAAAUGCAUUUCAGAAUUUCAGCCAGCAUUUCAUGAGAUCGGUCACUCACUGUGCUGUUAAACUUGCGAGUGGCAGGCCAAUAGUUAAAUAUUUACGCAACCUCAGCCCUUAACCCUUAUACCCGACCUGCCACUGGUACACAGUGGAAGGGUAAAGAGGCAGUAUUAUCGACUCUGUGCGAUCAUUCCUCGGUAAAGUGAACCUGACGCGCGUUGGUGCUGUUGCGAUAUGAAAGUUCACUAACUAACGAAGUAACUCGAUCCUCCUUCCUACCAAGGGUCAGGCUGCGAUGGAUUUUUAGUAAAACUUUGACGGCACAUGCCUACCUGAGAUUCAAUAUGCUGGAGUAUAGUCCAUCCGUGCGUGGGCGGUACACCUUUGCGCCUGACAGUAGUGAGUAUGGCGACUUAAGUAUCGUGAGAAACUUCACCAUGUCCGCGUGGACACGCUAACAGGCUAGACCUAUUUCAGUUGCUUUGGGCGCCUACGGAAAAUCAGCAAAACGUUGGUCAUCUAUGCGACUGUCCGCAGGGAUUCCCAUGUCACGGCAACAGACUGGUGGCUCAAUGGUAGAGCGUUUGACUUAUGGCCUCCUUACUAGCGAACUCCUCUCGACCUGGGAUUAACGUAUAGCUGGCAGUUGGCGACAAUGAAGUCAGACGUGGCUACUCCAUUCGCCCUCGUCUUUGUCAAUAGCAGCUUCUGAAAUGUCCCUUGUCUAGGCAACUUUAUUUGGUGCGCAUUUAGUUUAAAAUCGAAAUUUUCACGGAAAAAUCCCUCACCCACCUUGGCGGAAACACAGAUCGAUGAGAUUUAGUCCAGACUGGUGAUCUCAUCAAAAGCUUGCACGGCUGUUCAAUCGACUGGGGAACGAAGCAGUUUGGCAUGUGGGAGCACCAUAGGGCUACUUAUUUGAAGUUGCCACUGUCCACCUCCAAUCAAACAUUCUUCUCUCGAACGAAUCGCAUCAGUCAUCCUUCAGUGAAUUUCACUUAUUAACGCGUCGUCGUAAGCGUUGCGAAUUCUCGCCGUAUGUUUCCUGACAAGCCCUCCCAACGUUUAUGCUGAUGCGUCCCCUUUGCCUUGUUUCCCUGUCUUACAGAAGGGCUUUAAUGCGCAUUCCUCUUCCGUUGUUGAUGCACAAGCCGCCACCAUAAGUCAAAACAAUUCUUCGUCAGCACAAGACAACAGCGCAGCCGUCGGUAUAAAUGGCAAAAGGAUGAGAUCUGAACAAAACGCUGAUGUGGACUACUCUUCCUAG